GCACCUUGAAGAGCAGUUCACAAUGGCUUGUGUUUUCACAUCCAACAAAACCAUCAGAGUUUGUCCUUUCCUCAAUGGGGAUGUGGAAAACCCAGAACCCAAAACUAACACCACAUGGAUUCAUCCCAAUUUGCCCAGCAAAUGUACAUGGAAACCAGGAAAAUCCAUCUCGGAAUCGCCUCAUAAUUGUGUGCCUUUACCAAAAGAACCAAAGAUUUUGUCAAAUAUUUUGGAAAAAAUUGGACAUACCCCUUUAGUACGAAUCAACAAAAUUUCAAAAGCCUAUGGGCUUAAAUGUGAGCUCUUGGCGAAGUGUGAAUAUUUCAAUGCUGGAGGGAGUGUGAAAGACCGGAUUACACUGAGGAUGUUAGAAGAUGCAGAAAAGGCUGGCAUUCUAAAACCAGGAGACACAAUCAUUGAGCCCACAUCAGGAAAUACAGGAAUUGGAUUGGCUCUGGCAGCUGCAGUGAAAGGCUACCGCUGCAUCAUUGUCAUGCCGGAGAAAAUGAGCAUGGAGAAGGUGGAUAUCCUGAGAGCGCUUGGGGCUGAAAUAGUAAGAACUCCUUGCACUAGGUUUGACGCUCCUGAAUCAAAUGUCCGUGUUGCUUGGAAACUGAAAAAUGAAAUCCCAAACUCACAUGUUCUAGACCAGUACCGAAAUGCAAGUAACCCACUGGCACACUAUGACACCACAGCUGAAGAGAUUCUGGAGCAAUGUGAUGGCAAAGUUGAUAUGAUUGUGGCUGGAGCUGGCACAGGAGGCACCAUCACUGGCAUUGCCAGGAAGAUGAAAGAGAAAUGUCCUGAAUGCAAAAUUGUUGGAGUAGAUCCUGAAGGCUCCAUUGUUGCUUUGCCCAGUUCCCUGAACACAGCAGAGGAUGCAACUAUGGAAGUGGAAGGGAUCGGACAUGACUUUAUCCCAACUGUCCUUGAUAGAGCUGUGAUAGAUCAGUGGUGCAAAAGUAAUGACACUGACUCUUUUCUUAUGGCUCGCAGAUUGAUUAGAGAAGAGGGGUUGCUUUGCGGAGGAAGUGCAGGCAGUGCAAUGUCUGUGGCUGUGAAAGCUGCCAAGCAGCUAAAAGAGGGACAACGCUGUGUUGUUAUCUUACCUGACUCUGUGAGGAACUACAUGUCCAAAUUUUUAAAUGACAAAUGGAUGAUCACAAAUGGAUUUCUGAAAGAGGAUGUUCAAGAACAUUAUCCUUGGUGGUGGAAUAUCAAGGUGCAGAAACUUAAUCUCUUAGCCCCCCUGACUCUUCUUCCAGAUGUGAACUGUCAAAAGGCAAUUGAAAUCCUCAGAGAUAAGGGAUAUGACCAGGCACCAGUUGUUGCAGAAUCAGGACUCAUCUUGGGAAUGGUAACUCUCAGCAAUAUCCUCUCUUCACUUCUAGCAGGAAGCGCCCAGUUUUCCACUCCAGUCAUCAAGGUCAUUUAUCAGCAGUUUUCAAAGAUUAGCUUGGAUGACACACUUGGAAAACUUUCACAUAUCUUAGAAAAUGAUCACUUCGCUAUAGUUGUCCAUGAGUUGGAGCAAUACAAUGCAGAUGGCAGUUCCUUCAUGAAACAGAUGGUUUUUGGUGUGGUCACAGCUGUUGACCUCCUCAGCUUUGUCACCCGGAAGAACAACUCUCAGAAGCUAAAUGAUGGAACACUUAAAUCAGCAUCUUCUGAAAUGAAACGGUCCUUAGCAGAGUGUGAAAAAAAGACUGAAGACUUUUAAAUAUACAAUUCUGGAAUUGUUUUCCAGUAUGGUUAGUUUUCCAUGCUAAUUACCUAACAGUUCUUGGUUUACUAUGUUCAAUAUCAUCCUAAAUUCCACCAAAGGGCAUAGUCUGGGACCAGGAUGAUCUGACGAGAGCUUUUAAAUUAAAAAAAAGCUAUCCUGUGAUAACAUUAAAAUAAGAUUAUUAGAGAGAAAGAAUUAGAGGUAAAAUGAAUUUUCCAAUGAGGUCUUUCUGCAUUGAUUUCUAUAUGACAUUUUUGUAUUUGUAUUAACGUUUACUGAUGAGCACAUUUGAAAUUCUGCAGGCAGAGCAAUAAAGAACUAGUUAUUAUUAUUACAAAAAUUGCCUGAAUUAAAUAUUGAGCAAACAAUAAUACAAUUUCUCAGUACAAGUAGGGUUGCCAGUGGGGCCUAGCAAUCUCCUGGAAUUACAACUUAUUUCCAGACUACAUAAAUCAGUUCCCUUGGAGAAAAUGGCUGAUUUGGAGGGUGGACUCUAUCACAUUAUACUCUAGUUCUACAGAGGUCCCUCCCUAGACUGGACUUCCAGAUUCCAGGAAUGUCACAAUCUAGAGUUGGCAAUGAUAAAGGAAGUCUUAUCUUGUACUGUUUUACUAGUGUGUGUGUGGAGUUAAUAAGGUCUUUUGCCCUAAGAAGAAGACGUCUUGCUAGUAUGACUAGCUGUUGGCAGGUCCACUGAGAUGGGGAGACUAGAAGUACAAAACUGACCAGGCCUGGGUUGCACUAGGAGGGCUGAGAAGCAUGGCAGCCGACCUGCCUCAUUUUGCGUUCAUUAGAAAUCCAUAACAGUUCAAUUUAACCCUCUGAUAUUCUCUUGUAGCAGGUGAGUACUUGCUAUGCUUUCUAAUUAACCAAAGGUUUGAAAGGAGUGAUUAUGGAUUCCUACAAAGGAUUUUCCAUACUAUGGUCCCAGAAGGAUCAAUGAGUUCUCUUAUCCAUCUGAAUGUGUAUCUGCCUGACAGUCACAUCUUCAAAGGUGGGGACGUGCCCCCUCCCAGCCCAUGGUGGCUCUUGGCAGGUGUAUGACUACUACAGCUGAGAAUUGUAUUAAUCUCCUAGACCUUUUCUGCAAGAAAAGAUCCUGGACUCAGUUGAUCAGGCAUAUAUCCACUCCCCUUGAGUUCUUACACCUAACAACCUAGUAUCAGCAGUGGUAGAAUUGCCAGUGAGGCCUAAGAAGAUCUAAUCUAGGUAAAAGGACUCAACUUCAGGGUUUAAUUUGAAAACCACCUCAAUAUACAUUAUAAAUCAG